AUGGAUGCUGUCGCUAGCGCCACAGUUGAGAUUCUCUUUGGUUCGGAUGCGCCUGAGAUCGUCAACAUUUCACAUCCACGGCCCGUCGUAUGGAAGGAUGUGAUGGCCGCUGUCAACGGAGGGUUAGGCAAGGACCUCCCGUUCGCUCCACUGGACGAGUGGGUACGGGACGUGGGGUCUGUGGCGGAGGGCGCGUCGGCUAACGACCUCGCCACAAUUCCCGCCAUAAAAUUACUAGAAUACUACCGCAGUAUAGCUAUGCUGGAGAGGAAAGCGCGGGAGGAACAGCUCCGCGAGAUCGAGGUGGGAGGGCUGCCAGUGUUCCAAACUAGCAGAGCGGUGAAAAUUAGUCCGACGCUUGCCGCCUUGAAACCACUCGGCGCAGAUGACGCUAGGGCGUGGGUGGGGCAUUGGAGAAGCAAGGGAUUUGUUGCAUGA